AUGAAUAUCGCAAACAUAUUAUGUCUGUGGCGUGGGAUCCGUAUUAUUGGCGCAUUUGGCGUAUACCGUAACCGGCCUUGUAACGUAUACCGUAACCGGACUUGUAACGGUAGUAAUGUGUUUAUGCCUAACAUAUACGUUCACUCGCAUACCGUUCCCGAUUUGAAGGACUUAUUAAAUUCCCAGUUAUUGACAGUUUUGAGAGUCUAUUUAUCUGAACCCUACGGCACGUGUAGUUAUUAUGACUAUAGUAGUGGUAGUGGACAGCCAUUCGGUGCCAUAUCUCAUACGAAUUGUAUGAGAAAGUGUACGAGAUACUAUUUACGCCAGUUACACAAGUGGAAUCCAUUAACAAUAGACAACUAUUUGCAUGAAUUGGAUUUUGACGACAAUUAUAUCAGAGAUAUUUAUGUCAAUAAUGAUCUUGAGCACCGGUAUGCAGAAAAGUCUUUGGUUUGGGACUCAAGUCAACCAAUGAUUGUCUAUCGGGAGGAACCGGUGGUGUGUUUCUCGGAUAUAAUGUUAUACACGGGAGGGCUGUUUGGCAUAUGGUUUGGAUUAUUUGGAAAGUUCAUAUUCAUUUGGAUAUUUAAGGCUAAAUGUUGGGGUCAUCUCAAAAGUAAAGCCAACCACAAUCUCAAUGAUAAUAAGAUUCACGUUUUUGCCGAACAUUAA